AAAUUCCGCCUUGACUCCCGAACGAAGAUCAACGCUCCAACGGAGGAAGUUGAGCUAGCAGCAAGCAGGAAGGGAAGGGCAGAGUCGGACCCAAAUUUUCGACGAUGAGGGUUUUCCGCCUUCCGCUCCUCGUCCUCCUCCUGCUGCUUCCCGUCUCAUCGCCGUGGAAGUCCAGCAUGGAGGAGCUUUUCGGAAAGAUAGCGAGCCGCCGAGCUCCUGCUUCCGUACAAGAGGAGGCUGCUAAGGGAGUUCUCGAGAGACUGCUCCCCGCUCACCUCUCUAGCUUCCGCUUCGAAAUUGAUUCCAAAGGCAUCUGCGGGGAAUCAAUUUGCUUCCGGAUAAGUAACAUCGACAAUUCAAGCAGGGAUGCAGCUGAGAUACUGAUCGAGGGUACUACGGCAGUUGAACUUUCAUCUGGUCUUCAUUGGUACUUAAAAUACUGGACUGGUGCUCAUAUUUCGUGGGACAAGACUGGUGGAGUUCAGAUAGCUUCUGUCCCCUCACCUGGGUCUCUCCCACGGGUUGAUGCCCAGAGUGUGAAAGUUGAACGCCCUGUUCCUUGGAAUUACUAUCAAAAUGUUGUUACUUCCAGUUAUUCCUUUGUUUGGUGGGAUUGGAAAAGAUGGGAGAAGGAGAUUGACUGGAUGGCUCUCCAAGGAGUUAACCUACCUUUGGCAUUUACAGGACAAGAGGCCAUCUGGCAAAAGGUUUUUCAGGGUUUUAAUGUUAGCAGUGAAGAUUUAUAUGGCUUUUUUGGUGGACCAGCCUUUCUUGCUUGGUCUCGAAUGGGGAACCUACAUGGGUGGGGCGGACCACUUUCACAAAAUUGGCUGGAUCAGCAAUUGAAGUUACAGAAACGUAUACUGUCUCAUAUGGUUGAGCUGGGAAUGACUCCUGUUCUGCCAUCAUUCUCGGGAAAUGUUCCAGCUGUGUUUAGAAAACUAUUUUCCACCGCAAAUAUAACCAGACUUGGUGAUUGGAAUACUGUGGAUGGGGAUCCGAGAUGGUGCUGUACGUAUCUUCUUGGUCCAUCAGAUCCUUUGUUUGUUGAAGUGGGAAAGGCAUUUAUCAAGCAGCAAAUUAAAGAAUAUGGUGAUGUAACCGACAUUUACAACUGUGAUACAUUUAACGAAAAUUCCCCACCUACAAAUGAUCCUACAUAUAUUUCAUCACUUGGAGCUGCUGUCUACGAGGCCAUGUCGAAAGGCAAUAGGGAUGCCGUUUGGCUAAUGCAGGGUUGGCUAUUCUCGUCCGAUGCAGCAUUCUGGAAGCCACCUCAAAUGAAAGCACUCUUGCAUUCAGUUCCUAUUGGUAAGAUGAUAGUUCUCGAUUUAUUUGCUGAUGUCAAACCGAUAUGGAAGAAAUCGUCCCAGUUUUAUGGAGUUCCAUAUGUCUGGUGCAUGCUACACAACUUUGGUGACAAUAUUGAAAUGUAUGGUAUACUUGAUGCAAUUUCAUCUGGACCUAUUGCUGCUCGUACAAGCUACAAUUCAACCAUGGUUGGUGUUGGCAUGUGCAUGGAAGGAAUAGAGCAGAAUCCAGUAGUAUAUGAGCUUAUGUCUGAGAUGGCAUUCCGAAAGCAAGAAGUACAAGUAGAGGAAUGGUUAAAAAAUUACUCCUAUAGGCGGUAUGGUAGCUCUGUCCUUGCGAUUGAGGAAGCUUGGAAAAUUCUCUAUCAUACAAUAUACAACUGCACUGAUGGAAUAGCGGACCAUAAUAAGGACUACAUAGUCGAAUUCCCAGACAUCUAUCCUUUUCUAGAGGGUUCUCAACCUCCACAAAGACGGAUCAAGGAUCUUCUAUUGGUGAAGAAAAAUCAUAGAUUCUCCUUAAAAGAGACUUCCAAUGAUCUCCCACAACCGCAUCUAUGGUAUUCGACGAAGGAAGUCAUCAGUGCCCUUAAGUUAUUUCUCGAUGGUGGAAAUGAUCUAUCAGAAAGUCUAACUUACAGAUACGACCUUGUUGACCUGACAAGGCAGGCACUGUCAAAAUUUGCAAACCAGGUAUAUCUGGAUGUGAUCACUUCCUAUCAACGAAAUGAUGCAAAGAGCUUGGACCUUAAUAGCAGAAAGUUUUUGGAGCUUAUUAAGGAUAUCGACACCCUUUUAGCUUCUGAUGACAAUUUUCUGUUGGGAACAUGGUUAGAAAGUGCAAAAAGCUUAGCUGCAAGCCAGAACGAGAGAAGACAGUAUGAGUGGAAUGCAAGAACACAAGUUACGAUGUGGUAUGAUAACACGAGGACAAAUCAGAGUAAACUUCACGACUAUGCUAACAAAUUUUGGAGUGGGUUGCUGAAGGAUUAUUACCUUCCAAGAGCUUCGACAUAUUUCAGCUAUCUAUUUCGUAGUUUGCAAGAAAACAAGUACUUUCAGCUGGAAGAAUGGAGGGAAGAGUGGAUAUCUUAUUCUAACAAAUGGCAGGCUGGGGACGGGCUAUAUGCUGUUAGCGCUGUUGGCGAUGCUUUUGGAAUUUCAAAGUCCUUGUUCGAAAAGUACUUAAGCUGACUGUUUGAAGGGUUUAAAGUAAGUUCUAGAUAUGGAAUGACAUGAUCAAAUAUUGCAAUAGAUCUUGGAAAUUCUUCCUCUCAUUUACUAGUUUAUAUUAAGUUCUGCUGGUUGGUGCAAAAUCUGACUGUACUUAAGAUUGGAUUCAUCCAUGAAUAAAGGUUCGUGUCUUUGUUUCUCAAAGAAAAAUAAAUGUAUUAUCUUCCGACCACUAUUUUUGGGUGUU